AUGCAACAUCAACAUCAGAGGUUGAAGCAACAACAACAGCAAGCUCUUAUGCAGCAAGCUCUCCUUCAACAACAAUCUCUCUAUCAUCCUGGCCUCUUAGCACCUCCACAGAUUGAGCCAAUCCCAAGUGGAAAUCUGCCUCCUGGGUUUGAUCCAAAUACAUGCCGCAGUGUGUAUGUGGGGAAUAUUCAUAUGCAAGUAACCGAACCACUUCUUCAAGAGGUUUUUGCAAGCACUGGUCCUGUUGAAGGCUGCAAACUCAUAAGAAAAGAGAAGUCUUCUUAUGGAUUCAUUCACUACUUUGAUCGUAGAUCAGCUGCACUUGCUAUUGUAUCUCUAAAUGGAAGACAUUUAUUCGGACAACCUAUUAAAGUUAACUGGGCAUAUGCCAGUGGACAGAGGGAGGACACUUCUGGUCACUACAACAUAUUUGUUGGUGAUCUGAGCCCUGAAGUCACUGAUGCUAUGUUGUUUGCAUGCUUCUCUGUUUAUGCUAGCUGUUCGGAUGCGAGGGUUAUGUGGGAUCAAAAAACGGGUCGUUCACGAGGUUUUGGGUUUGUUUCCUUUCGGAACCAACAGGAUGCUCAAAGUGCUAUCAAUGACUUAACCGGGAAAUGGCUCGGAAGUAGACAAAUACGCUGCAAUUGGGCCACCAAAGGUGCAGGUACUAGUGAAGAAAAACAGGGAUCAGAUUCCAAAAGUGUAGUGGAGCUAACAAAUGGGUCUUCAGAGGAUGGCAAGGAGCCUGUUAAUAGCGACGCCCCUGAAAAUAACCCACAGUAUACAACUGUUUAUGUUGGCAACCUUGCUCCAGAAGUUACUCAGCUUGAGCUGCAUCGGCAUUUCCAUUCCCUCGGUGCUGGUAUGAUUGAGGAAGUUAGGAUUCAACCGGAUAAAGGAUUUGGUUUUGUGAGAUACAAUACACAUGGUGAAGCAGCUUUAGCAAUUCAAAUGGGAAACACCCAAUCCAUUCUUUAUGGCAAACAAAUUAAGUGUUCUUGGGGAAGCAAGCCGACGCCACCUGGAACGAGUUCGAAUCCGCUUCCGCCACCUGUCGCGGCACCGAUGCUUUCAGCGGCUGACCUGUUGGCGUAUGAGCGACAACUGGCGAUAAGUAAGAUGGGAAUGGGAGGGCUGAUGCAUCAUCCUGGUCAGCAUCAUUUUAAACAAGGGGGGAUGAGUGUGGGUGCAGCCGGGGCUAGUCAGGCCAUUUAUGAUGGUGGUUUUCAGAGUGUUGCUGCUGCACAGCAACUCAUGUAUUAUCAGUGAGACUUGUUUGUUGUUGAGAGGGUUUGAAUGAGAGCUGUUUGUGUUGUUUUUACUUUUUAGGAGGGUUUCUUCCUUUUUUUCUUUUUCUUUUUUGUUUUUUUUUUUGUUUUGUUUUUUUGAUUAUUACCCUUUUACCCAAAAUGUUGUCCUACUUAUAUAUAUAUAUAUAUAUAUAUAUGAUUGCCAUGAGUAUGGAUGGAUAUGUAUGAUGUAUGUUUAAUGUUAAUGAUGGGG